UAACAGGCCAAACAAAAUCCAUGGCAUCUUCAGACAGAGCGAAGCAACUCCCACUGAAACCAAUCCCAGGAAGCUAUGGCCUCCCAUUCUUCGGAGCCAUAUGCGACAGACACAAUUACUUCUAUCACCAAGGCCGCGACAACUUCUUCGCCACGAAGAUCCAAAACCUUCACUCCACCGUCAUCCGAACAAACAUGCCCCCUGGUCCCUUCAUCUCCUCUGAUCCACGUGUCAUCGCCCUGUUGGACGGUGCCUCAUUCCCCAUCCUCUUCGACAACUCCAAGGUCGAAAAGCUCGACGUUCUCGAUGGCACCUUCAUGCCCUCCACUAAGUUCACCGGCGGUUACAGAGUCUGCGCCUACCUCGAUACACAAGAACCCAAGCAUUCUGUCAUCAAAAGUUUUUUCCUCACCCUUCUCGCCGCGCGAAAGGACUCUUUUGUCCCUCUAUUUCGUAGCUGUCUCCAGGACUCCUUCAUUGAGAUUGAGGACCAGUUGUCGGGGAAGAACGCCGAAGCGGACUUCAACGCCGUCCUCAGCGACGCUUCCUUCAACUUCAUAUUCCGCUUACUCUGCGAUAACAAAAACCCUUCCCAAACCAACCUCGGUUCUCAGGGACCGAAGCUCUUUGACACGUGGUUGCUGUUGCAGCUGGUGCCACUUGCGACGCUUGGCCUCCCCAAAAUCUUCAACUACAUCGAAGACUUCUUGAUCCGCACGCUCCCUUUCCCCGCGUGUUUCACAAAGUCCGGCUACAAGAAGCUCUACGAGGCCUUCAGAACCUCCGCAACAACGGUUCUCGACGAGGCCGAGAAAGCAGGCCUUAAACGAAGCGAAGCGUGCCACAACCUCGUUUUCAUGGCGGGUUUCAAUGCCUACGGUGGGUUGAAGAACCAGUUCCCAGUGGUUAUGAAGUGGGUGGGACUGUGCGGCAAAAAGCUGCACGAGGAGCUCGCGAGUGAGAUAAGGCGCGUGGUGAAGGAGGAAGGUGGGGUGACUGUGGGCGCGUUGGAGAGAAUGAUUCUGGUGAAGUCUGUGGUUUACGAAGUGUUGAGGAUUGAGCCUACGGUGCCGUAUCAGUACGCGCGGGCGAGGGAGGACUUGAUAGUGCAAAGCCACGACGCGUCGUUUGAGGUGAAGAAAGGGGAGAUGUUGUUCGGGUAUCAACCCUUCGCGACCAAAGAUUCUAGGAUUUUCGAGGAUGCUGAGGUUUUCAUGCCACGUAGGUUUGUGGGAGAGGGUGAGAAGAUGUUGAACCACGUGCUUUGGUCGAAUGGGCGUGAAACUGAGGAACCUUCGGCGGGGAAUAAACAGUGUCCAGGGAAGAAUCUGGUGGUGUUGCUUUGUAGGUUGUUUUUGGUUGACUUGUUCUUGCGUUAUGAUACGUUUGAGUUGGAGUAUAAGGCUUCUGCAUUUGGUGCUGGCGUUGUCGUCAAGUCACUCACCAAGGCCUCCACCAUCUAA